AUACAUCCCUUACGUCUCUUUUCUAUAGCUUUACUUCUCUCUAAACACCUCUCUCUCUCGUUGCCAACACUUUAUCACUAAAAUGGGUUCGACUCAGCAAUCGAUUCUUGUUACUGGAGGAGCUGGAUUUAUUGGUAGCCACACUUGUAUUCAGCUUCUCAAUGAAGGAUUUAGGGUUGUGAUCAUCGAUAACCUGGACAAUUCGGUCGAAGAGGCCGUUCACAGAGUGAAAGAAUUAGUCGGACCCCAACUGUCUAAGAAUCUUGACUUCAAUUUGGGUGAUAUCAGGAAAAAGGAGGAUUUAGAGAAGCUAUUUACUCAAAAUAGGUUUGAUGCUGUGAUCCAUUUUGCUGGUCUUAAAGCUGUUGGUGAGAGUGUUGCUCAUCCUUUUCGCUAUUUCGAUAACAAUUUGAUUGGAUCGAUCAGUUUAUACACGACCAUGGCAAAAUAUAAUUGUAAGAAGUUGGUAUUUUCAUCAUCCGCGACAGUUUAUGGCCAACCUGAGAAAAUUCCAUGCAUUGAGGAUUUUGAAUUGAAGGCUAUGAAUCCAUAUGGUCGCACUAAGUUGUUCCUUGAAGAAAUUGCACAAGAUAUUCAUAAGGCUGAUUCUGAUUGGAGAAUUAUUUUGCUAAGAUACUUCAAUCCUGUUGGGGCUCAUGAGAGUGGCAAACUUGGUGAAGAUCCAAAGGGCAUCCCGAACAAUCUUAUGCCUUACAUACAACAAGUGGCUGUUGGAAGAUUGCCUGAGCUGAAUGUAUAUGGUCAUGAUUAUCCCACACCAGACGGUAGUGCGGUUCGAGACUACAUUCAUGUUAUGGACUUGGCAGAAGGUCAUGUUGCUGCACUUAGGAAGCUUUUCACACCAGAUCAUAUAGGUUGUGUUGCCUACAACUUGGGGACUGGUCGUGGUACCUCUGUGCUGGAGAUGGUUGCUGCAUUUGAAAGAGCAUCUGGCAAGAAAAUUCCUGUCAAACUAUGCCCAAGAAGGUUGGGAGAUGCUACAGCUGUUUAUGCAUCAACAGAGAAAGCUGAGAAGGAGCUUGGCUGGAAGACAAAAUAUGGCAUAGACGAGAUGUGCAGGGACCAAUGGAAGUGGGCAAGCCAGAACCCAUGGGGUUACCAGUCCAAGCCUUGAAUAGCAGAUUGGUAGCAGGCAGUUACACAAGAAAUGUUUCAACCCUUGGCUCUCUCAUAAAGGAGUCAGAGUGCUUACUAGGAGCUUCAUUCCAAAUUUGAGUCGAUAAAAAUUACCUUGUUAUUUUACAUUUCUCAAGUGUUCAUAGAUAGUGUGUCAAGCAUGUUGCCCCUUGAAAAAUUGCAUAUUUUUGGACUCGUGUUAACGUGGAUAUAUAGUGCAUGUAAUUAGGCCAUUCUAUGGACGAAUUUCCAUUGGUGAUUUAAAAAUGUAUUUUGAAGAGUGAUUAAAUGAAUUGAUUGUGUAUAUUGAUAGUCUGGCUUAGUGUGGUAAGACUGACCUCAAUCAAACUGCCUAUCUAUUGCCCUAUUGCUAUUGGCAAUUAGAUUGAG